AUGGCAGACGAAAAAAAGAAGCGCAUUGUUUAUUUUUACGAUGAAGAUGUCGGAAACUUCUUCUAUGCGCCCAAUCACCCUAUGAAGCCUCACAGAAUACGUAUGGCACACAAUCUUAUUCUAUCAUAUAAUUUAUUCCCUAAAUUGCAAAUCUAUCGUCCUAAAAAAGCAACAGUCGAAGAAUUAACAAGAUUUCAUACUCCAGAAUAUAUCCAAUUCCUUCAAAUGGCAACACCAGAUAAUACACAGAAUCAAGCUUGUCUUUUCGAUAAAUUUAACGUCGGCGAAGACUCCCCUGUAUUCGAAGGACUUUUCGAAUUCUGCCAAAGCUCAGCAGGAGGCUCAAUUUCAGCUGCGCGCCAUUUAAACUCCGGACACGCAGAUAUUGCCAUUAACUGGGCUGGCGGUCUUCACCAUGCCAAGAAGGGAGAAGCAUCUGGAUUCUGCUACGUUGCUGAUUGCGUUUUAGGAAUUUUAGAAUUACUCGAAAGAUACGACAGAGUCAUGUAUAUUGAUAUCGAUAUUCAUCACGGUGAUGGUGUUGAAGAAGCCUUUUACACAACUGAUCGCGUUUUAACAGUUUCAUUCCACAAGUUCGGAAAUGAAUUCUUCCCAGGUACAGGGCAUGAUAAGGAUAUCGGUCUUGGCAAGGGAAGGCACUACGCAGUAAAUGUCCCACUCAAAGAUGGCAUGGAUGAUAAGAGUUAUCAUUAUAUUUUCAAACCAAUUAUCAAACACUUGAUUGAAUGGUACAGACCACAAGCAAUCUUCCUCCAAUGUGGAGCUGACUCUCUUACAGGCGAUCGCCUCGGUUCUUUCAACCUUACUAUCCAUGGACACGGCGAAUGCGUUAAUUACGUCAAAUCUUUCAAGCUUCCAAUGCUCGUUGCAGGCGGUGGUGGCUAUACAGUUAGAAACGUCUCCAGAUGCUGGACUUACGAAACAGCUGUUCUUCUUGACGAAGAAAUCGAAGAUAAGCUUCCUUACCAUGACUAUCUCGGCUACUACGGACCUGAUUACAGGCUUGACCUUGUUCCUUCCAAUAUGGCUAACCUCAACUCCCAAGAAUCUCUUGAUCAUCUUAUCGAAAGUAUUACAGAAUCAAUCAGACAUCUUCCAUGCGCUCCAAGUGUUCAACUCUGCCUCAAGGAUCCAAAGAAACUCCUUGAAGAUUCAGACGAAAGCGACAACGAGGAAUUCGACGACAGACUCGCCUCGAGAUACGUGAGGACUCGUCUGAAAAUCAAUACAUUGUAUAAUGCUGAAGAUGAGAAUCCAGAAGAAGAUCAUGAUGUUCCUUUGAAUUAA